GCUGUCGAGAUUGUGAAAUCGGGGCCCUUAAGUGCCAGCCCCACGGUGUCCACGACGGAAGCAGGCUGAGCGACGCGCUUGCGGAGUGAAGCCCUGCACUAGGGAGGCCCUGCGGAAGGGGCUUCGGAAGCCUGGGAUGAGGGCCCAGGGAGGGGAGGGUGCGGGCAGUCCCUCUCUGCUCCGGGACCUGGAGGUGUUAGAGCGUCUGAUGCUCCAAGAGAAGCCAAACGCAUCCCUACACAGUAAGCGCAGGCGUCCACGUCGAGGGUCGAAGGUAAACUCGGUGCAGAGCGGAGCGCACCUGUCUGGAGGCCAGGAUGCCCCGUGCUGUCCCUCGCAGCCUCCCUCCCAGACUUCCUUUUAGCUGAGCCCACCUCCUGCUCCGUGCAGAAACCUCUUCUGUUGGUGCACCAAGGCGAAAAGAGAACUCUCCCCUCCCCCAUCCGGGGCCCAGAAGCAUCUGGAACGCGCUGAUCCUCAUAAUCCUUGUUCUGGAGAAAUAUUAAUGAUUUAAUCUCCCGAGCACACUCCGUCCCCUCUGCAGCCAUACUGCAGAUUCACAGAUAAGACCCAGAAGCCUAGGUUGGAUCAGGACUCGGUUUUGCCACUGUCCCCCCAAAAGAGGCCAGCAUCCGCCCCCCACGCAAGCAGGUGGCGGAAUUGCCAGCCAUGGGUGAAGUGACGGCGGAGGAAGUGGAGAAAUUCCUGGACUCGAAUGUCGGCUUUGCCAAACGGUACUUCAACCUCCGCUACCGGCCCAAGGUCAUCUCAGAGCUCCUGGGGGCCAGGGAGGCAGCCGUGGACUUGAGCCACUACCACUCGCUGACCAGCGUGGAGGAGAGCGAGGUCAUCUUCGACCUCCUGCGGGACUUUCAGGAGAACCUGCAGGCGGAGAAGUGCAUCUUCAACGUCAUGAAGAAGCUGAGCUUCCUCCUGCAGGCGGACCGCAUGAGCCUGUUCAUGCACAGGGCCCGGAACGGCACCGCCGAGCUGGCCACCCGGCUCUUCAACGUGCACAAGGACGCGGUCCUGGAGGACUGCCUGGUGGCGCCCGACUCGGAGAUCGUGUUCCCGCUGGACAUGGGAGUGGUGGGCCACGCUGCGCUUUCUAAAAAGAUGAUCAACGUCCCCGAUGCACAGGAGGAUGAGCAUUUCUGUGACUUCGUGGACAAGCUCACCGAGUACCAGACUAAGCACCUCUUGGCUUCUCCCAUCAUGAAUGGAAAGGACGUGGUGGCCGUGCUCAUGGCCGUGAAUAAAGUGGACGGGCCCCACUUCACCCAGAGAGAUGAAGAGAUUCUUGCCAAGUACCUCAAUUUUGCAAAUAUAAUCAUGAAAGUCUUCCACCUGAGCUACCUGCACAACUGUGAGACCCGGCGCGGCCAGAUACUGCUGUGGUCUGGGAGCAAAGUCUUUGAGGAGCUCACGGACAUCGAGAGGCAGUUCCACAAGGCCCUGUACACGGUCCGCGCCUUCCUCAACUGUGACAGGUACUCCGUGGGGCUCCUGGACAUGACCAAGCAGAAGGAGUUUUUUGACGUGUGGCCCGUCCUGAUGGGGGAGGCUCCGCCCUACUCUGGUCCCAGGACUCCCGAUGGAAGGGAAAUCAGCUUCUACAAGGUCAUCGACUACAUCCUGCACGGCAAAGAGGACAUCAGAGUCAUCCCGAACCCACCUCCUGACCACUGGGCUUUGGUGAGCGGUCUGCCCACGUACGUUGCCCAAAAUGGCCUGAUUUGCAACAUCAUGAACGCGCCCUCGGAGGACUUUUUUGCGUUCCAGAAAGAGCCCCUGGACGAGUCUGGGUGGAUGAUUAAAAAUGUCCUUUCGAUGCCGAUUGUGAACAAGAAGGAAGAAAUUGUCGGGGUGGCUACGUUUUACAAUCGCAAAGAUGGGAAACCGUUUGACGACAUGGACGAGACGCUCAUGGAGUCUCUGGCUCAGUUCCUCGGCUGGUCUGUCCUAAAUCCUGACACUUACGAGUCAAUGAACAAACUCGAAAACAGGAAGGAUAUUUUCCAAGACAUGGUGAAAUAUCACGUGAAGUGCGACAAUGAAGAAAUCCAGAAAAUCCUGAAAACCAGAGAGACGUACGGGAAGGAGCCGUGGGAGUGCGAGGAAGAUGAACUGGCUGAGAUCCUGCGAGAAGAGCUGCCGGACGCAGAGAAAUACGAAAUCAGCAAAUUCCACUUCAGCGACCUGCCGCUGACGGAGCUGGAGCUGGUGAAGUGCGGGAUUCGCAUGUACUACGAGCUCAGGGUGGUGGACAAGUUCCACAUCCCCCAGGAGGCCCUGGUGCGGUUCAUGUACUCGCUGAGCAAGGGCUACCGCAGGAUCACCUACCACAACUGGCGGCACGGCUUCAACGUGGGCCAAACCAUGUUCUCCUUGCUGGUGACGGGAAAGCUGAAGCGGUACUUCACGGACCUGGAGGCCUUGGCCAUGGUCACGGCUGCCUUCUGCCACGACGUUGACCACAGAGGCACCAACAACCUCUACCAGGUGAAGUCCCAGAACCCUCUGGCCAAGCUCCACGGGUCUUCCAUCCUGGAAAGACACCACCUGGAGUUCGGCAAGACGUUGCUGAGGGAUGAGAGCCUGAACAUCUUCCGGAACCUCAGCCGCAGGCAGCACGAGCACGCGGCCCGCAUGAUGGACAUUGCCAUCCUCGCCACCGACCUCGCCCUCUACUUCAAGAAGAGGACCAUGUUCCAAAAGAUCGUGGAUGAGUCGAAGACGUACGCGACGCAGCAGGAGUGGACGCAGUACCUGAUGCUGGAGCAGACUCGGAAGGAGAUCGUCAUGGCCAUGAUGAUGACAGCUUGUGACCUCUCCGCCAUCACCAAGCCGUGGGAGGUCCAGAGCAAGGUGGCUCUGCUGGUGGCUGCUGAAUUCUGGGAACAAGGUGACCUGGAGCGCUCGGUGCUGCAGCAGAAUCCCAUCCCCAUGAUGGACAGAAACAAGGCGGACGAGCUGCCCAAGCUCCAGGUCGGCUUCAUCGACUUCGUGUGCACCUUUGUCUACAAGGAAUUCUCCCGCUUCCAUGAGGAGGUCACACCCAUGCUGGACGGGAUCACCAACAACCGCAGGGAGUGGAAAGCCCUGGCCGACGCGCACGACGCCAAGACGAAGGCGCUGGAGGAGGAGAAGCAGAAACAGCAGGCGGCCAGCCAAGCCACAGGAAACCAGCCGGGCUCAGCGGGGGACGCGCCUGCCUCCAAGUCCUGUAGCAUCCAGUAGCCUGAGCGGGGACCUGCCGCCAGAAGGCCCCACCCUUCGAGGGCGGAGAGCACCCAGCCAGUAGGAAACCACACACCUGCUUGAGACGUCAAGAGGCAGAGGGUUUGAAAACUGAGAAUUUAGUUUACAUCUGCCCUAGUCGCUUUCGAACCUCUUUUCAGCUAUGAGCAUUUUAUUUUAUUUUAUUUUGGCUAUGCCUGCAGCACGUGGAAGUUCCCAAGCCAGGGAUCGAACCUGCGACGGCAGCAGCCCAGGCCGCCCCCGUGACAGCGCUGGACCCUUAACCCACUGCAUCACGAGAACUCCAGGGAGAACCUUUCAGUCGAGCUAAAAUCGACAUUUGACUUUUCACAGACCAGAUUCCCGUGCUUACCUAGAGUCCUUUCUGUUCUCACACCGUCAUCGCACAGGACGCAGGCGCGCAGCCCUGUCCCACGCGGAGAACCACGUGACGAAUGCCGCCUGCCCGUCACCAGAGUCUCACAUCGAGAUGUGGCCUCGUGUGCUUCUGACUGUCCUUCUUCGGUUCGCCUUCCUUGUUUUCUUAGCCGAGACUUUGAAAAGCAAAGUCCAGACACGUCGCUUCGCUCUGCCAUUACACAUCUUUCAGGACACAGGGGCGGCUUCUAACGUCACACCGUCGUCACGCAGCAAAGGAACCCCUCAUACUUGGUUGCGGUGGAUGCUGUGACAAGCCGCGUGGCCCUGCUACCCAGGCCCGCCGUCCCCGCAGUGAUGACCGCUGUGUGCAAAGCCCCUUGGGGGUCACCCACAGGGAGACGGUUUGCCCCAGGGUGGCCCGCACCUAGUGAGGGAGCCACCCUGGGUGUUACGGCCGGGCACCUUGGCCAGCGCAGGGCAACCCCGGGGCCUUUCCAGCUCCAGGACUCAUGCGGGGUCCACCAAGCCCGCCACCCGCGCUGCAGCUCGGCCUCCCCCUCUGCAGCUCGGCCUCCCCCUCUGCCCACCUCGGCUCCCUCCUUCCCCCAGGGGCCGUCUGGUUCCCAGGGCGUCCCUGGCAAGCGCCCUGCAGAGGCUGCUCUCUCGAGACCCGGCUUGGGACGCGCCCCUGAUGUCGCAAAAAUGUCUGUAAUGAUUUGUUUGAACCUGAUCCAAACAGGUUUCAGGAUUCUAGUCGUCUCUCUAGAUUCUAGCUGUGCUCCCUUCUCUUCGCCUUGGCCCGCUGCUAUGACGCAACGCCGUGCGUCAGCUUCCACCUGCCCGCGGCUGCUGAGAGGGAGCGUGUGGUUUCUCCAAACCACUGAUCUACUCUGACCUCCUUUUUACAUAAAGGAGGGCACUGAAGACCAGCAAGGGGAUGAGCAGGUUCUCGGCUCGGCCCCUGCCUUCUCUCCAGGAGCGGAGGCCCAGCGUCACAGAGAACACAGCAUCCAGGGCCCAGGCCCCUGACUGCAGAGCAGGUCCCUCUGGGCUCCUGUCACAUGAGCCCUGCCCAUCUCUGCAGGUCAUGAUGUCAGCAGUGGGUGGGUCUGGACCCCUUGUCUGGGUUUCCGGCUCCCCCUGGAGCUUUGUACAGUCACCAACCAGGCCACGGGCAGGAGCAACUCCCUGGCCCAUCAGGAAUUCCUGCUUCACGGGGCUGGGCAUCCUGCAAGGAGGGGGAAGCAGUGCUGCUUUCCUGGAGUUUACCAUCUAGUCAGGGAAUGAUGGAGACGGAGCAAGCAUCCGUCACACAGCUAACCUCUCUCCGGACUCCAACUCCGUCCACGGGGACAGAAUCUGCAGGAGAACGGGUGGGCGCGCGUGUAAAACGCGCUGUCGCUCGCCAGAAACGACCCCGGCCCUGGAAACCCACUGCCCUUCCCCCACCGCAAGCCUCGGUUCAGGCCGGAGAAGCUUCUCGCUGAGUGGAAACCCCGCCCCCACUUUACAGAGAAAAACUGUCCUGCGGCCCCUCCCAAAUGAAGAAAUCCAAGCAGUUUCCAGACUGAGAAAAUAAGCCCCUGGAACAACGGGAGCGAGUCUGUGCAGACGGUAAACCACGGUGUGAAGAGCGGGCCGGCGCGUGCGCAGAGCGGCUGGUGCUACCCGCUCUCGUCCGGGUCUCAUCUUCACCACCGACCCAGCCCUCCCGGGGCACCGGGGGACGGUAUGCGCUCAAACGGCCCUUGAACGCUACCCGAACGCAGCCUUAGGGCAAAGUAAAGGCUACAGCCAAGAGCGCUCCGAAGCGGGAGCAAAGCACACGCACGCUCUGUGCAAAGCGCACGCGCUGCGUGUAGCAGCCGGGCACAGAGACGCCGCUGUGGCUCAGGGGUUAAGAACCCAAGACAGUGUCUGCGAGGACGCGUGUUUGCUCCCCAGCCUGGCUCACUGGCUUAAGAAUCUGGCGCUGCAAGCGGUAGU